UCCGACUCAUAGGACAUUACAGCCUGGGAAUGGGAAGUUGUAAGGCAACAGAACGAGGCUGUCUUCAAAAUGGCUUCCAAGGAUUUUGAUGAGUGGCUUUGCGAUAAAAUUAAAUUUUUGCAGCUAGAUGAAGACAUAUUCCUUGAUUACUUAAAAGGAGUUUUAGAAGAAGAUGUCUCUGCAGAAGAAAAGGAGGAAACGAUAUCAAAUAUUCUACAGGGGGCAACGGAGGAACCGAUAACUGAUAUAUGUAAAGAAAUGGUCAAUAAAUGGAAUGAAACUUCUGGAAACAAAGUAGAGCAAAGUCCUUCACAAACUAAUAAUGUCGCAAGUAAGGCCGAGGAAAAACUUCUAGAUAUAAUACAUAAACAACAAGAAACCUUAGCAAUGACAAAACCAACCGAUAGGACAGAAGAUGACAUCAAAAGGAGGUUGCUAGAACAGUAUUCACAUGUUUCUGAUGGCGAAGAAAGUGAUGAUGACAAGAAGACGUGUGCCAAGAAAUCGGACGAAUCACAAAGUCAGCUAUCUAUGUUCGAGAACAUUAAUGCAAAAACAGUGGUUGAAAAUCAAAAACAGCAACGAGAAACGCAGAAAAAGGCUGCUGAGGAGAAGAAAGAAAAAGACAAAGCGAACAGAGAGGCGGAGAAACUGAAAAAGCAGGAAAGACAAGACAAAGAAAAGAAACGAACACAGAAAGGCGAACGGAAAAGAUAGAAUUUACAUGAUGUGUAAUUGUUGAUUAAAACCCCGUUUACACUGUCCCGUUCAAAAACGGAACCGUGACGGUACAAGUUUCGUUCGCUUUCGUACCAGGAUCAAAACUAUUCCGGAUAGCAGAGCAAAAAUGUCUCGGUUCCAGAGUGCUAGUGUAAACGAAAGGGCGAACCGCGACGGUCGCAGUUCUAAACUUGCACGGAACAGGGUAAAUGGGCUAAUACGUUUGCCAGAGCUUGUAUCAAAAUCUAUCGCUUAUUUAAACGCUUUCAGUUUACUAUCGUUUUGUAAUCUGCUUGCUUGGCUUCUCUGAAAUCUUUUCAGCCUAAGUUGUAUUACUGAUCUAUAAAAAAGACUGGGUCGAGCUUCUAAUGUGACACGUGUGUCGCCAUUCGAAAAGAAUGCCUACAACGACUCAGCCUUCAGUCCUUCACUAUCACUCUUAAAAACGUUUUCAUCUGAAUAGCCCUUUUUCCUUUUCCUUUCUUGAAUAUACAGGAUGGAUUACAGCUCUCGCCUAUCCAUGAGCAUGGUUUUGCGGAAUGGCUUCCCACUUCUGUUUGGGACCCUUUUUCCUUUGAAAUCGAACGGGCUUCAAACUUUGGUGUUUCAAGACAAUUGGUAGCUCAAUCCAAUCUUUUUUAUAGAGCUAUGAUUUGAGCUGUCAUUUCUCCAGCUGCCAAUGAAUUGAUAUAGAAGUUUCAGGAACGCAUGCACGAUUUCUUAUGAUUGCUUAGUUCUGCUGAUCUUAUAAAUACACCACAAACAAUUUCAUCAUUUGAAAUUGCUUCUGUGGUUGAGUCUUGUAUUUAUCUACGAGUCAAUCUCAUUUUUACUGAAUCAUCCUUGAGGUAUAUUCGCUGCUGCUUGAGUAGUUUCA